AUUACACUCCAGGCCAGCUGGUGGCGCUCUUCUGCAGCUUAACAUCAUCCACUGAAGAAGACGAGGAGGUCGAGGUCUUGUAAGCGCACCAACGCACACAAUUUAGGUAUUUAAGAUGGGCGACAGUGACGACGAGUACGAUCGCAGAAGAAGGGACAAAUUCAGACGUGAAAGAAGUGACUAUGACCGUUCCAGGGAGAGAGAAGACCGGCACAGAGAUGAUUGGAAUGAUCGGGAGUGGGACAGAGGCAGGGAACGGAGAAGCCGAGGAGAAUACCGGGAUUACGACCGAGGGCGAAGAGAGAGAUUCACCCCUCCCAGACAUGACAUGAGCCCCCAGCAGAAACGCAUGAGAAGAGAUUGGGAUGAUCAUGGUGGUGAUCCUUACCGUGGUGGGUACGACAUGGGCUACGGAGGUGGAGGAGGGCCAAGUUACGGCCCGCCACAGCAGUGGGGCCACCCUGACCUGCACCUCAUGCAGCCUCAUCAUGGCAUCCCCAUUCAAGCCAGACUGGGGAACAUCCACGACAUGGAUUUGGGUCCACCCCCUCCAAUAAUGAAGAGCUUUAAGGAGUUCCUGGUGUCUCUGGAUGAUUCUGUGGACGAGACCGAAGCGGUGAACCGCUACAAUGAGUACAAGCUCGACUACCGCCGGCAACAGAUGCAGGAUUUCUUCUUGGCUCACAAAGAUGAAGAGUGGUUCAGGUCUAAGUACCACCCAGAUGAGGCCAAUCGGCUCAAGUUGGAGGGACUGACGGCUCUAAACAACCGUUUGAAUGUCUUCAUGUUUCUGAUGGAAAAUGGCUGGUUUGACAACGUUUCCUUGGACAUCGAACAGACGCCAGCCAUCAUCAAGGUCCUAGAUGCAGCUGUGAUAAAGAUGGAAGGAGGGACGGAUCAUGAUCUUCGCAUCUUAGAAUUGCCAAUUGAGGAGCAGGAGGAAAGGGAAAAGUUAGUAUCUGGUGGAGCAGAAACUCAAAAGAGCGACAGCCACAAGAACAUGGAUGGGGACUGCAAACCUGCAGUGGUCAAAGACAAGGAUGAAAAGGCGGCGAUUGAUUCUGCUGUCAAUGAAAGGACUGCUGCAGGAGGCGAGGAUGUCAAAGAAGAGGCAAAGAUAGCGGCCGAGGAAAUAAUACCUGAACCCAAAAAGCCAAGGAGGAAGAGGAAGCGCAGCGCAGACAGUGACGAUGAAGCCAGCGCCUCUGAGAGCGAUUCUGACUCUGAAUCCGACUCUAACUCAGUUUGUUCUGAAAAAUCGGUUAAGAAAAAAGAGGUAGAAGACAACGAGGAGGAGGAGGAGGAGGAGAAAGAGAAAGGUGGAGACGAUAAACCAAAAUUGAAUGCUGAAGAGGAGGAGAAAGUGGAGAAAAAAGUUAAGGAUGACUCUCCUAGACCACGGCCUCUCCACAAGACGUGCUCUCUCUUCAUGAGGAGCAUUGCCCCCACCAUUUCCAAGGCUGAGAUUAUAGCUUUGUGUCGCAGGUACCCUGGCUUCCUGCGCGUCUGCCUGGCUGAUCCUCAUCCAGAUCGCAGGUUUUACAGGCGCUGCUGGGUGACAUUUGACCGCAGUGUCAACAUCAAAGAAGUCUGCUGGAAUCUUCAGAACAUUCGUCUACGGGACUGUGAGCUGGCACCAGGCGUCAACAGGGAUCUGGCGCGAAGGGUGCGCAACGUGAACGGCAUCACUCAGCACAAGCAGAUACUUCGGAAUGACAUCAAGUUGGCUGCCAAGCUCAUACGCUCCCUGGACGAGAAAGGAGAGCUGUGGUGCAGCCUGGCCCCGGAUGAGAGCCAAAGCACAGAGAAGACACAGAAUCCCAUCUUGAAGAAUAUAACUGAUUACCUGAUAGAGGAGGUGAGUGCUGAGGAGGAGGAGCUCCUUGGCUCCACUGGAGGGAUGGAUCAAGAAGAAAACACCAAGGAGGGACACUCAGCAGAGAUGACGGUGGAGAAAGAUGAGAAGCUUGCCAAGGUACUUGACCGCCUGGCCUUGUAUUUACGCAUUGUGCAUUCCAUCGAUUACUACAAUGCUUGUGAAUACCCGAGUGAAGAUGAGAUGCCGAACCGCUGUGGCAUGGUUCACGUCCGUGGACCUGUCCCGCCGAACCGUAUCUCAAACGGAGAAGUUCAACAAUGGCAGAAAGUAAUGGAGGAGAAGCUGAGUUCUUUGUAUAGUUCAAAAGAAACCCUGUCUGAGGAAGAGGCUGAGAAGAUGGGUCGCAAGGACCCCACUGAGGAGGUUGAAAAGUUUGUUUCUGCCAACACGCAGGAGCUCGCAAAAGACAAGUGGCUCUGUCCUCUCAGUGGCAAGAAGUUUAAGGGUCCUGAGUUUGUACGAAAGCACAUCCUGAAUAAACACGGGGACAAAAUUGAAGAGGUGAAGAAGGAGGUGGUUUUCUUCAACAAUUUCCUGAUGGAUGCCAAGAGGCCAUCUCUGCCAGAGAUUAAACUUCCUCCUCUUCCAACUCCCGGUCAAGGUUUGCUUUCGCCUGCCAUGCCAUUCCCUCCUCAAGGUCCUCAGGGCCUAAUGGCCUUUGCACAGCCCCGCCCCCCGCUGAUGGGCUAUGGUGGUGGACCCCUUUACCCACCUAACCAUUUUGGAGCCGGGCGAGGCAACUACGACAACUUUCGUGGACAAGGCGGAUACCUUGGAAAGCCACGCAACAUCAGAAUGUCACGCGGGGAUCCGCGAAACAUAAUUGAAUACCGGGAUUUGGAUGCACCGGAUGAUAUGGACUUCUUUUAGAAGGUUCACACAGCCCUGUUAGUUAUUUCUUACCCCAAUCUCUUUUUUUUUUCUUAGCUUUUCAUCUUGUAAUUACAUUGCAUUGUGUGUACACCCAUUACUCAAUAAAGCUGUCAAACCAUAA